AUGCAUCGAAAGAAAGACUUUCAAAAAGUGCUACUUUCGCAGCCACAUGGGAAAAAUGCUAGUACCGCAGAGAACGCAGCAGUUAAACGUAAUGCUGGACGUAUGGAUACGGAAAGUGAUGAAGAUUUACGAGCGCAAGUUCGUAAUGACGUUAAUGAAGAGAAUUUGUUGAAUAUGGAAAUUCCUCCGAUGCCCGAACCCAUAAUGAGCGCAGAUGGAAGUGGGCAACGGCUUAUGAUAACUAGCAUUGAUGUUGAAAAUUUCAAGUCUUAUUAUGGUAAACAUGUUCUGGGUCCUUUCCAUCAGAAUUUUUCGGCCAUAAUUGGUCCUAACGGCAGCGGAAAAAGCAAUGUAAUUGAUUCUUUGCUCUUUGUCUUUGGUUAUCGUGCAUCAAAAAUUCGUUCCAAAAAAAUAAGCGUUUUGAUUCAUUCCUCAGCUGGUCGGGAAAACAUAUCAAGUUGUACUGUCGGUGUUAAUUUCCAGAAAAUUAUUGAUUUGCCUGAUGGAAGCUAUGACGUUGUGCCAUCCAGCCUGUUUACCGUCAGUCGAACUGCAUUUCGUGAUAACUCUUCAAAAUAUACUUAUAACGGUAAAACGAUGCAAUUCAAAGAUAUUGCUGUAUUGUUGCGAGGCGUAGGAAUUGAUCUUAUUCAUAAUCGUUUCCUCAUUCUGCAGGGUGAAGUCGAACAAAUUGCUUUGAUGAAACCGAAAGCUUUAAGUGAAAAUGAUGAUGGCAUGUUGGAAUAUUUGGAAGAUAUCAUUGGUUCAAGCAGGCUCAAAAUUCCAAUUGAAACAAUUCAGCGGAAAAUUGAUCAGUUGCAAGAAGAGCGUUCUGCGCAGUUGAACCGCACGAAAUUUGCAGAAAAGGAAAAAAAUGAUGCUGAAGGACCGAUGAAAAGUCUUAUUGCAGAUCUUCGUGUUGAUAAUGGUAUCGCACUGACGAAGAAUCGUUUGCUGCAAGCUGAUCGAUGUAAGGCUAAAUCGGAACUGAGGGAAGAUGAGGAGAAAAAAGAGGAGUUUGAGAAGGAUCUGGAGGACAUAAAAAAACGACAGGAAGAAGUCUUAGCUUUGCAGAAGAACAGGAAAGAUGAACAGAAGCAACUGCAGAGAUCCUUUGAGAAAGCACAGGAAGAAUAUGAAAAGACGAAGCAUCAACUUAAUGAACUGGGACAAGCGGAACAAAAGCGGAAAGCUGAGUUGCUUCGUCUCAGUGACAGGAAGAAGAAAUUGACUGAUGACAUCACGAACGAAGAGAAGAAGAUAUCUGAAUUGAAACAGGUACCAACAAAAGCGAAAAGCAAACUGGAGGAAUAUCGUGAAAUAUUAAAUGGAAUUGAUGAUGUGAUUGCUCAAAAGCAAGUCGAAGUCGACACCCAUUUAAAAGAACUACAAGAGCAAACUAUAAAGUUUCAAAGUCCGAAAAAGGCACUGGAGGAACAAGUCGGGGAACUUACUGCUAAAGAAGAUGAGGCAAGCAGCAAGUUAACGCUGGCUCAAGAAGCACUUCAACUUAUGCGUAGAGAAGAGGAAGUGGCGAAGAAAAAACUUUCGGAAAUUCAGACAUCUCUCAAUGAUGUAAAAACUCUCUUGGAGUCCAAAAUAAACGAUCUGAAUAAGGUAAAGCAAGCAAUUCCAAAUGUCGACAAAGAGCUUCAUAAUGCGAGAUUAGAAAUGGCAGACAAACGGAAGGAAGAAGCAGAAUGCGCUGAAAAUGUUCGCCAAUGUAUGGCAAAGUUCGAGAAAAAACGGCGAGUGGUGGAAGCGUUUCAAAGCCAAAGCAAUGUAUUGAGACGUUUGAUGGCUGAGAAAUCAUCUGGGAACAUACCGGGGAUAUAUGGUCGUCUCGGUGAUCUCGGUGCAAUUGAUGAAAAGUAUGAUGUUGCUAUUUCGACAACAUGUCGAGCGUUGGAUUAUAUAGUGGUUGAUAAUGUUGAUACUGCUCAAAUGUGCGUGGAAUUUCUGAGGUGCGAGAAUUUGGGCAUUGCCUCCUUCUUGGUACUCGAUAAGCAGGAUAAACUCCGUCCGUAUAUGGCAAAGCUAAGCUCUACACCUGAAAAUGCACCUCGAUUGUUUGAUUUAAUUCGUGUAGCAGAUCCAGCAGUACUACCCGCAUUCUAUUUUGCCUUGCGUGAUACUUUGAUAGCAGAUGAUAUUACGACUGCAACACGUAUUGGCAUUGGUGGCUCGAGACGUUACCGAGUGGUUACACUGAAAGGUGAAGUAAUUGAAACAAGCGGUUCUAUGACAGGUGGUGGAAGAUCUGAACGAAGAGGUAGGAUUGGUCAAAGUAUCAAAAUUGACACUUCGAAAGAAUCAUCUGAAGAGGUUGUUGAGUUACAGAAUCUACUGACAGAAGAGCAGAAUCGGCUGAAUAAUUUGCGUAGUGUUAUUCAUCAGUUCGAUUCUCGCAUAAUAUCGCUUCAAGCUGAUUACGAUAGACUGAAGAAAAAUGAGCAAAAUUUAUCAAAUGACAUUGAACCUCUUGAAAGAAAAGUAGCUGAUCUUGAGCAUAGAUUGGAGGAACAAACAGCCAGAGUUAAAAGCGUUCUUGUGGAUGAGAAAGACAUACAACAUAAAAAGGCUGAAGUUGCUGAACUUGCUAAAGCCCGUGAUAGAGCAGCAGAAGCGGCUGAUGAAGCACGUGGAAAAGUAGAUGAAAUAAAUACUAAGAUUCAGGAGGUUUAUAAUCGAAUUGUUGGUCCUUAUCAAAAAGAGCUUGACGAAGUUCGAGCAAGGAAAGAAAACGCAUCGAAAGGAGCAACAAAAGAGCAGAGUGUUCUCAAUAAUGCUCAGCGAAAUAUGAAUAAAGCAUUGAGCAGGAAAAAUGAUCUUGAAAGUGAUCAGCGUGAAACUGAUGAAGCAAUCAAGAAACUUGAAUUAACUGAGGAUACUCAUGAAGCGGAUAUUAAUCGGCUAACAAAAGAAAAAAUACAACAAGAGAAAUUGAUGAAAGAAGCUGAAGUUAAAGUGAAGGAGGCAUUCAACAAAAAUUCUGAAUUGGAUGCUGAAGAAGUUGGGCUUAAGAAGAAAUGUGCUGAUUUGACACGUUCUCUUCUCGAACGAUUGAGAUUUCUGGAGCAUAAACAAGGGAAACUAACCAUGAUUGAGAGCAAGAUCAAAACACUGCAUUUGUCCUAUGUGAAAUGUUUGGAUCGUUUACCGGAGUCACUUCAAUCGAGCGAGGAAGAAGAUGACGACUAUGCAUUACAGGAAGCUCUGAGAGUUGAGCACCAAUUUUUCAAAAAAUUGAAGAAUGGUGAGAUUACUAUCGAAGCUGAUAAGGACGGUAUCGUACGCUACAAAAAUGUGCCUGAAUAUUCUGAAGAAGAAAUCAAAAAUUUCAAUCUGCAGGACAUGAAAUUUACAUUAGCAAAUUUGGAAAAGCGGAAGGCUGGUAAAAUGCUGAACACAAAUGGUUUGUUGGAGUAUGUCACAAAGCUGGAGCGUUAUGACCGUGAAGUUGAAGCUUUAUCCGAUAUAUCAACGAAACGUGAUAAACAUCGUCAAUUUUGCGAGCACUUAAAGAAGCAACGGAUGAAUGAAUUCAUGGACGGUUUCACACGGAUUGGUUUAGCAUUAAAAGAAAUGUAUCAGAUGAUAACGUUAGGUGGUGAUGCUAGCUUGGACUUGGUUGAUUCACUUGAUCCAUUCAGUGAAGGUGUUUCUUUCGGCGUGAGACCACCGAAAAAAUCAUGGAAGCAAAUUACUAAUUUGUCAGGUGGUGAAAAAACUUUGUCAUCAUUAGCUCUAGUUUUUGCGUUGCAUUAUUAUCGACCAACACCAUUGUAUGUUAUGGAUGAGAUUGAUGCUGCUCUGGAUUUUAGAAAUGUAUCAAUUAUCGGGCAUUAUAUAAAGGAUCGCACUAAAAAUGCACAAUUUAUCGUUAUUUCUUUGCGGAAUAAUAUGUUUGAAUUAGCGGAUCGUCUUAUUGGUAUUUACAAGACAUUUGAUUGUACAAAAUCUGUUGCUAUCGAUCCUGGAAGUAUCAGGAAUAUAAUUAAGCCGCUUCAUAUUUUGGAAGAAAUGAAAAGACAUAAAGGGAAGGACGGUGAAAAACAUGCAGAUGGAAAAUACGAAUUUCAGUUGCAAACUAAAGAAAUGGAUAGCCAUACCAGUUCUUUAAAAAUGAAGAUGAAAAAUACGCAAGGAUCUAAAACGCCUUCAGUGGUCACUGAAGAUUUGUCCGUUAGUCGAGCACCAUCCAGUCGAGGAAGCGAUUACAAUGUGAUGUUGGAGAAAAGAAAACAUGCGAAUAAUUCCGACAAAAAUAUUCGAACUUUAAAGGGCAAUCAGCCAUCUGUCUCACGAGAAACCACACCUACGGUUUCAGUAUCUCCACCAACGAAGAAAAAAUCUCCGCAAAAAUCUGAAAUUCCUACCUGGGAUGUACCACAGACUAUCACAGUGCGUCGUUCGCGAGCUGGACCUCCUGGUGACCAGGAUGAAAAAAAUGGUGAUAGUAUAAUUAAUAAAAGCACGAAAGAGGCAGAUGAUACCUGUAGAAUGGAAAAUGUUCUUUCGAAGGAUACUUCUGGUGUCAUUUCACAAUUAGAAGCAGGAGUUGCUCAGCCAUCGAAUUUACAGCAAUCAGUUGCAAAUACUGUAUCAGAUACAGAUCGAUUGGAACAGUUUGCACAAAUGUUAUGA